ACUGUCUCGCCGGUCCUGAGUAAAGGAUACAUUAUUCUUCGGUACAAGUGUUGGAUUGGAAGUCGAGCAGCCAUCGAAUGAACAAACUAUGAUGGUAACAAAAUAAAAAGUAGAAAACAUUACGUGCAUACGCGUGCAUAGCGAUCGAAUGGAGGGGAUUUACUGUCUCUACGUGACGUUCCCUCUCCUCAGCAACCAUAAUCUCAACCGACUACACACGCACUAUGGAUAGACAUCCACUUAUCAUGACACUCGGUGUACGAUAUUCCGUCUGUACAUAUGAUGCGUUUAUAUCAGUUUACUUCCAUACUUCAGCCAGUGAUAGUCGCGUCACUUCAAACGUACAGUAAGCUUCACUCUUACACGGUAGCUCAGAGUAAGGUGCUCUAGUUACCGAUCACGCUAUUAUACGCAGUUAAAUUAAAUUCAAUUCCACUCGUGGCUACUCAUUGUUUACAAUCAUCACUGGCACUUUGACAUCGUCGUGAAAUUAUGGCACCUACCGUGGUACUCAGUAAAGACGUGCCAGACAUCGAAAACAUUUUGGCCCUGAACCCGAAGAUAAAACCAUUCGCGAGCCUAGUACCCUCCGCGCACACGAAAGACAACAAGAAGAAGUGGAAGAGGAAUAUCAACGAGAAGUGCAGCAAAUGUCCGCCGUUGACGAAGAAUUUUGACGACAUCAAGCGUACGACGUUGAGCGAACGGGGAGCGUUGAAGGAGGCCUCACGAUGCUUGAAAUGUACAGACGCCCCGUGCCAAAAAUCAUGCCCUACGCAGCUGGACAUCAAGUCCUUCAUCACCUCCAUUUCGAACAAGAAUUACUACGGCGCGGCAAAAGCGAUUCUGUCGGAUAAUCCGCUGGGCUUGACCUGCGGCAUGGUCUGUCCGACGAGCGAUCUUUGCGUGGGUGGAUGCAACUUGCACGCGUCCGAGGAAGGCCCUAUCAAUAUCGGCGGUCUUCAGCAAUUUGCCACGGACAUCUUCAAACAGAUGAAGAUACCGCAAACAAGAAUCCCCGGACAGGAAGUUCCACACGCUGACGCCAAGAUCGCGUUGUUGGGUUGCGGUCCAGCUUCUCUAUCAUGUGCUACGUUCCUUGCUCGUCUGGGUUACGACGACGUUACCAUUUUCGAGAAGCAAGCCUACAUCGGUGGCUUGAGCUCCUCGGAAAUUCCUCAAUACCGAUUACCGUACGAUGUCGUCAAUUUCGAAGUGGAUCUCGUCAGAGAUCUCAGAGUGAAGAUCGAACUGGGCAGGACGUUGUCCGAAAACGAUCUAACGAUACAGGGUCUCCGUGAUUCUGGAUACAGAGCCAUCUUCUUGGGUAUCGGUCUUCCUGAAGCAAAGACCAUACCGAUUUUCGCAGGGCUCACGGAAGAAAUGGGAUUCUUUACGUCGAAGAGUUUCCUGCCGAGGGUGGCCAAAAGCAGCAAGCCAGGAAUGUGCGCAUGCAAAAGUAGCGAACUGCCUUCCUUCCAUGGGAACGUCGUGGUUCUUGGCGCUGGGGAUACAGCUUUCGAUUGCGCUACUUCUGCUUUGCGAUGCGGCGCGAAGAAAGUUUUCGUGGUCUUCAGGAAGGGAUUCACCAACGUUCGAGCGGUUCCUGAAGAGCUCGAUUUAGCGAGAGAGGAAAAAUGCGAGUUCAUCCCUUUCCAAUCGCCAAAGCAAGUGAUCAUUCGCAACGGGAAGAUAGUCGCGGUGGAGUUCUGUCGCACCGAGGAAAAUGAAAACGGCGACUGGCUGGAAGACGAAGAUCAAAUCUGUAGACUGAAGGCCGACUUCGUCGUAUCUGCUUUUGGGUCGGGAUUGCAGGACCACUACGUGAUCAAAGCUAUGGCGCCCGUCAAGAUGAACAAAUGGAACUUACCGGAAGUGGACACAGAGACCAUGAGCACGUCCGUUCCUGGCGUUUUCUGCGGUGGAGACCUAGCUGGCGUUGCGAAUACCACCGUCGAGUCCGUGAACGAUGGGAAGACAGCCGCCUGGUACAUUCACAAGUUUAUCCAGAAUUCUUACAAUUUGGAAGUGCCCGAGAUCCCUCGAUUGCCCAAGUUUCACACACCAAUCGACGACGUUGAUCUGACCGUCGAGAUGUGCGGGAUGAAGUUCGAGAAUCCGUUUGGGCUCGCCUCUGCACCGCCGUGCACCUCCAGUGCCAUGAUCAGACGAGCGUUCGAAGCAGGAUGGGCCUUCACCGUCACGAAAACAUUCUCCUUGGACAAAGACCUCGUCACGAACGUGUCUCCACGGAUAAUCAGAGGCACGACCUCUCGGCAUCUCUUUGGUCCGGAGCAGGGUAGUUUCUUGAACAUCGAAUUGAUAUCUGAAAAAUCGGAAGCUUACUGGUGUCAAAGCGUCACGGAAUUGAAGAGAGACUUCCCAACCAAGAUCAUUAUAGCAAGUAUUAUGUGCACUUACAACAGAGCAGAUUGGACGGAACUUGCUCGGAAAGCUGAAGCUGCCGGCGCCGAUGCUUUGGAAUUGAAUUUGUCUUGUCCACAUGGCAUGGGAGAGUCUGGAAUGGGAUUGGCUUGCGGACAAGAUCCCGAGUUGGUGAGAAACAUCUCCAGAUGGGUUCGAGCAGCUGUAAAGAUACCAUUCUUCGUGAAAUUGACGCCAAAUAUCACCGACAUUGUUUCUAUAGCUAAGGCGGCUUACGAAGGUCAAGCGGACGGAGUAUCCGCUAUAAACACAGUGCAAGGUUUGAUGGGCCUGCAUGCUGACGCAACCCCCUGGCCAGCGGUUGGCGUCAAAAGGGCUACCACCUACGGGGGUAUGUCGGGCAACGCGACGAGGCCUCAGGCUCUACGAGCAGUUUCCUCUAUUUCCAAAACCCUCCCUGGGUUCGCCAUACUUGGUAUCGGCGGUGUCGAUUCGGCAGACGUUGCUCUUCAGUUUCUUCACUGUGGCGCAUCGGUGGUGCAGGUCUGCAGCGCUAUACAGAACCAAGAUUUCACUUUGAUCGACGAUUACGUAACUGGCUUGAAGGCUUUACUGUACUUGAAGAGCCUGCGCCAGGUGAAAGAUUGGGACGGACAGAGUCCGCCGACCUUCAAGCAUCAAAAGGGAAAACCGGUUUCCUUGCAACACGCUCUUGGCAAGAAUGUACCUUACUUUGGAGAGUAUCAGAAACUUCGCGAGCAAAAGCUAGCCGAGAUUAAGGCGAACUCGAAUCCGCUCGAUAAAGCCAUCGAGAUUACGAGACCCGCGCCAGAACCAAUCGCGGCUGUACCAACGAUAAAAGACGUUAUUGGCAGGGCCAUAAAUCACAUUGGAGCAUUCAAGGACUUGAACAAUAAAGAGCAAGUGGUAGCACUCAUAGACGAUGAUAUGUGCAUAAAUUGCGGAAAGUGCUACAUGGCAUGCGCCGAUUCUGGCUACCAAGCGAUCGAGUUUGACAGUGAAACUCACAUUCCAAAAGUGAAUGACGACUGCACGGGCUGCACUCUUUGCCUCUCGGUGUGCCCCAUUAUCGAUUGUAUCACUAUGGUACCUAAAACGAUACCUCACGUUAUCAAAAGAGGAGUACCGCCGAAGGGAACAUUCGAAAUUCCGUGUUAACGCAAGCGCCUUUGCAAAGGAAAGAAUAUUUAUUGUCCUAUUACAAAAUUUCCUUAGUCAACAGACUUAAUUGAUAACAUCCAAUACCUGCCUAAUUCGAUACGUAUUCAAACUACGAUUGUUUUGAUCUAAUAAAUCUAAUAAAGCAAUAUUGUUUAUUAAGA